UGUAUAAAGUGGAUUGAGAUUCGAAGGGGUAGAUAUACUCGACCGAGUGACCGAGUGUCCCUCGGGAGCUGACCUACUACGGAGCCGUGUAAAAGUAUUACGACGCCGCGAAUGAUUUCACCCCUUGUAUCGCCGAAGGGCGCACGCAACGAUUUACAUUACAUUAUUUUCGUGCCAGAAUCUCGCGCCACAUAAUACGAUCGCGUCGCUCCACUUUCGCCGAGCGAGCAACACGUAAGCUUCGUCGUUGGAUUUCUUUCAUCGCACUGGUGUAUUUACACCGAUAGCUUUUUUCUUCGCUUUUUUUCACACACAAAGGCACACCUGCGUCGUGUAUAUUAUUCAGCGGCAGCGAAAUAGCGAGUCGAAUCGAAAUCGCUAUUUCCGUCGUUAUUCCUCGCAACACAAACACUUGGCCAGCUAUACUUUGUGCAAAGCUCCCGACGCUGCAGAGCGGCAGCCAAUGUGUUGGCAUAGCUCGCCUGAAUAAUUAACCAGCAGCGAAAAACGUCAGAGCGCCGCGUACGAUGCGCCUCGUGUGUGUAUAUAGUAAACGAAAUGAGAAAGCCCCGUCCGCGGGGGUUCGAAUAUCGUUAUGCCGGCGCUAAAACUCACCUCGUCGGCGUGCGUCUCGUCAUUGAAACUAACAAACGAUUUCCGCAGAGCCGCGCACUCGACACGGUCUAACGACAGAACUCGCACUGCCGGCAAAUUCGACGAGGUGGCUGCCACCCCGCUUUCCUACGCAGGGGCUGAAAGCGCGCGCAAGCUCGAGAGCUUGCGGGCGGCGCUGCGGUCGAGCGUGGUUUGAAUUCUUGGAAAGAUCGUAGAUACACUAUGCGGCUACUCGUUUCGAUCCGCUCUGCACGAUUGUGAAAAUUGAUUAGCUCAUGGCGGAAUGUUUUUGUUUGUGUGCUUUGGCGACGUGAAAAUGUUCUCGCUGGUUUUAACGAGCUUACCUAAAACAUUUAUUGGAAAACUUUGUUAAAAAGACAGUCUCUAGUCGCAUGAUUUUUCGUAAUAAAAUAUAUUUAUUAAAAUGCAUUCGAUCAAGUUCGCACUUUGGAGAACGCAGUUUGGGUAGCUUGGAGUUGGCUUUCGAGGUAUUCGUCGUAGUAAUUCUUUAGAUCCUCGUAGGUUUCCAGUGCAGACUCGUCUAGAAGCUCGCGACUCUGCCGAACUCGAGGGAACACUUCUUGGGCGAGCAUUUUGUAUACGUUUUGGCUCUGUCCUGGUCUGAACAGCGAAUAAAAUUCCUGAAAGCGAAUUAGAUUUUUAACAUCCAUCAAUUUCGCGCCGGUAUUUUGCAAAACGAUCAGAAACAUAUUUACAGUUAAAGUCUGACUCUUCGGGUCGAUCUCGAUGCUGUGCAAAAAGUGCUUCAAAGAUUUUUCCAUUUGCCCUUUUGUUAGAUAGCUGUAUGCAGUUUCCAAUACCAAGCCUUGUAUUUGUUUUUCCGGCAAAUCUUUGUAUCUCUCGACCAGGGUGAGUAAGUAUUCAGUCGCAUUAAAAAGCGGAUUGACUUUUAACAUGCAACGAAGAUAGUCCUUUGCAGCGGGACAGUUGUUUCUAUCUGCUGCUUUUUUCAGAUAAUAUAUCGCUUCCUGGGAAUGGCACGUGCAAUGAGUUUGAAGAAAAAUAAUUUUUUGUAUAAUUCAAAUUAACCGUACCAAGCUUACCCUGAACUUUUUCGUCUUCAUGUGGUAUUUCCCUCUGUAGUGCAGGUACAUAACGUCAUCCGGACACUGGACAGCGACUUCGUCGAGGCACAUCUUGGCCAAGGGAAGCUUCAUCAACUGAAGAAAUCCCAAAGCGAGUCUAAGAUAGACCGCGUAACUCUUGGGUUUGCUCCGGUAAAUCUCCUCGUACAUCUUGAUCGCUUUCAUGAUGCUUCUCUGUUCGCGGUACAUCUGCGCCACGAAUAUCCCGUAGACGACGUUCUUCGACUUCUCGUAUGCCUCGAUAAAGGCAUCCGCCUCUUCCUUGUUGGGAAUAGAACCGACCGACAUGUCUCGACGUAUUCGACGCAGAUUCUUACCAAGAAUGAAGUAACAAAGGUCGCACUCGGGAUUGUCCGCUAUAGCCUUGCGACUAAAAUCCACCGCUUCCUCGGUACCGAGUAGGUGGUAUUUCGACCAGCCUAUGCUUCUGCACGCGUUUAUGGUACUCCGAGCGAUCUUGUCGGUCGCACUUACGGAUUUUAUUUCCUCGAAUAUCACUUUUGCUCGAUUCCUUCGGUUCAGCGUCCAGAAUACGUGACAUUGCAUCGCCUGGAGAACGUGCAUCACGGCUUCGAUCGAAAUAUUCGGAUCCGCCCUGAAAGCGGCAAUAUUUUUAUCACAAAAUUUUAACGGUAUGAACACGCGAUUGUACAAGACGAUCUUUGCUUACUGUUCCUUUAUCGCGACCACAACGUCGUCGCAUUUUUCCAAGUUUUCCAAAAUACUAUCAGGGUCUUCAUUUUUCUUUGUUUGCACAAAAACCAACAUGACGAUUCUCAUCAAUUUUAACAAUGGUAUGAAUUCCUCUUCGUCGUGCGGCUUAUACCCUGUCGCAAGAACGGCGUCGUUAUCGAUGUCAUCCAUAUCCCAAGUGAAUGGAUAUUCCAACGUUUGUAGUUUGUUUUCAAACUCCGCGCCUUCCGUUCCAUCUUCAUUUUCGACGCGAUCCAUCUUUAUAGUUGUGCAGAACUAAAAAAAUAAUAAUAAAUAAACUGAUAAGUUUGCUUCAGGGAACCUGUUGCACCACGGAUAUGGUAUAUAUUUAUACAGUCAUAGCUUCAGCACUUCAAAAGUGGUUUUUGCUGUUGAAAGACAGCUUAGAUAGCGAUACGCCGCUAUUUGACAAGUAAAAGCCAUUUGCUAAAAUUUUACCUUCUAAAUCGUUGAAUAAUCCAAUAGCUGAAUCCACCGCUAUGCACAAGGUAAAUUAAUCCUGCGAGUACUCCUUAGUAACCGCAUAAACAAAAUGCCCUGUCACGUUUUGUUUAUAAAAAUGUCGACGGAAUCCAAAACGCGGCUGCAGCGCACACAGCAGCCAUCGCGUGUCGUCAGAUAAGUAUACACAAGUGUAUGCUGUAUAUAUGCAUACACAUUCCCAUUCUUGGUUCUAUUUCUUAUUUCAUCCCGUUCCAGCGGCUCGACUCGUCGCGACAGAGAGUUGCGUGUGUGUACUUGUGUAUAGGCGAUCGAACUUCGUUUUCUCUAUUUCUAUCCAAAAUCAUCGAUUGACGACAUGGCAUACGACCUGAAAAGUGAGGAGGACGUCAAACUCUACCUGAAGAACCUCUACACCGAGUAUCAGUUCGGCUGUUACAGCGAAAAAAACCCGGAAGUGUGUCAAUUGCUGGGGGACUACCACGAAGCACUGAAGAAGGACUUCAAAGGCGCUGCGGAUAUUUAUCUGAAAAACUGCGAUAAUAUGAAUUACGGAAGAAGUUGCGCGAAGAUCGGAGGUUACAAACUCAUCGGUAAAGGCUGCAAAAAGGAUAUACAGGGCGCCUUCGCCUACAUGAAAAAGGGCUGCGAAUUCAACGACGCGAUCGGCUGCACGAACGCCGGAAUCCUCGCAGUCUCGUCCCCGGAAAUUCAAGGCAACGACAGAGCGAAUGUCAUCAACGACGGCCUGAAGAUGCUCGACAAGUCUUGUCGCGAGUACAAGACCGACAAGGCCUGUUUCUUCCUCGCGGGCAUCUACAUGUCGGGCAUCGAAGGCGUCGUCCAGAAGAACCUCGCCGAGGCGUACAAACUGUCGCUGAUCGCCUGCGAGCACAACAACCCCUACGCCUGCGCCAACGUCUCGCAGAUGCACGCGAGAGGCGAGGGCGCGCAGAAGAACGAAGAGCUCGCGCAGACGUUCAAGAAAAGGGCGCUCGAGCUUGAGAGAGAGCUCAAGACAACGCAGAGAGGGAUUACGUUCGGACAGGGCAUCGAAUCCUAGUUUUUACGUCGAUUAUUCUUAUUGGAUGGGAUGAUGCGUGUAUAAUGUAUUUAUUGUAUAAUAGACUGUUUCAUAUCAAACGUUUA